AUUUCUUCUGUUUCGUGGUUAAAUGGUUAUGUGACUAUGAGUGUAUGGAAAAUGGCAAUUUUACUUUAGUGCGAUAAUGUCUUUUCUUACGAGCUAUUGUGGAAUUCGUGUAUUGAAAAUGAUUUUCAACAAUCAUAUAAUUUUGUUUUUUGAAUUUUAUGGUCUAAGUUUUAAAGUUUGGAGUUCUGUUGGCACACGUAAGUUUGAUUGUUGUCAUCGAGAAAUUCAUUUAAUGCAAUCAUCAAGGCCUAAGAAGAAUGUCGAAAGUAUAUGUGGACUAGCACCUAGUGGUAUUGGGCUCUAUAACUAAUUAGUAGAAAUUUGACAUUUAUCUAGGUAAUUUUAAGUUCGCUGAGAAUUCCUAAGUUCCAUUGUGUUUAGUAACAACUUCAAAAUGUACACCCAGAAUUUGAACUAUUUGCCAAAUAAAAAACAGUCCACAUUUGGUCUUAGUGGUUCUAUUCCUCAUCAUUUAGAAUUUAUUAAAAAAAUAACUACCAAGCCAUUUAUUCAAUUUGAAGAUACUUCAAGGAACGUGAGUGUUGAUUAUAAAACUGUUUGUGAGGAUCGGAGUCAAGAAAAUAUUGUACCAAGUACAAAUAUAAUGGACUUUAUGUAUAGUUUCAGAGACACUUCUAAGUCUAGAAGUACUGUUACAACAAUACCUAAUCAUAGUGAGAGGGUCAAAAGUAAUUGUAAAGAUUUAAGCUUGAUAACACAGUAUAGCAAAAUGGCUACAAUGCCUAUGUUGUCAUCACAACUUGUUGGGGGGUUUGUUGGAAGUAAAAGUCAGAUUGGAAGGAAACCUGCUCAUGGAUUUAGACUCAAAAUGUGGGAUAUCAUUAGAGAAUUGUUAUUAAUUGGCCAUCCACCAAAGACUUCUUCAAUUGAGAAUAUAAAAAAAACUGAUGUUAUUGAAGAAAACCGUUGCAAUAUGUGGAAGGCCAAUGAAACACAACAUUAUUCAACAAGUAGUUCUGAUAACUGUUCACUGAAACAUGAGCCCAGUCAAGAUCAAACAAAAGUGGAGAAUUGUAACAGGCAGUCUUAUGCUGAUGUUGCUAAAGCAAAGUCUUGUAAAGUAAGAGAAACGCCUACUAAAUCUACUACAUUUGAUCCAUCUGAUAAUCAUGGUAAUAGUAACCAAUCAAAAGAUUGCAGUAUGACAAAUCACAUGAUUGAACCUGUACAAUUAUUACCUGAAAAUAAUUCUAAUAGGAACAGAUUUGCAUCAGAUUGUUCUGCUGAUAGUGAAGACAGUUUUAUUGUUUUUGAAUACUGUGAUGAUGAUCUUAGUGUUGAUGGUGAUAGUAGCUACAGUGAUGAUGAACUCACUCAAGAUUCUCACUCAAAUGAGGAGUCAUCUUCAAAUUUUGGCAGUGUGCCAUCAAGAAAGUUCAGUUUUAACCAGUGCUGUAAUCCAGGGACAAAAAAGGUGCGGUUUGCUGAGGGCAAGGAUCUGGCACAAAUUCAUCCAAUGGUAACAUGGGAUUUUGCUUACCGGUCAGCUCGCAAGGGACCUUGGGAGACCCUGGCACUUGACUCUGAACGCUUCAAAUGUCGUGUUGCCAGGACUGAGAAGAUUCUCGCACCUGUAUUGGAUCCCGAACACCGAGCCACAGUGUACCGACUUCGUUUUAGUCCAUCUAGCUCCAGUUAGCAGUGAUUCACUAUAUUGAACUUUGACUCAUCAUUGUGAUAUUAUAGCUCAUGAGACUAAUGUAAUUUACACUACUAUGUAAUAUAUCUUUAUUUAAAGCUGGUUUUAAAUUUGGAGUAAUGUAUUUCAAAAAAGAUAUUUUAAUACAUUUUAGUUAUAUACAGUUGCAUUUGGAUAUGUAUAAUAAUUGCAACCAUAGUUAAUUAUUUAGAUUUCUCUAAUUUUAUUGUAAAAAAUUGUAAAAAGGUUUAGUUUUUAGCUGAUUAUUUGGUAUUAGGUGAUAGAAUAAUAUCAGUUUGUUAUAAGGCUGGAACUUAAUUUUACAUAUUCUAAAAUUAGAUAUAUAACUGAAGGACGAAACAUCCCUUUUAAUUUCUUGUUCUUUUCAUUGCUCGUUUUUUUAUUACUUUUAUCAAGCAUUAAAGGAACUGGAUAAAUAUAACUAGCUUAACAUUUAUUUCAGAGAUCUGGAAAAGUAGAUAACUUAUUAGGGGAAAUAAUAGUACCAAUAAAGGUGGGUAUGGUACCACAUCCCCAUUUUGUCACUAAAUACAUUUAUUAACUGUAAAACCUCUAUUUUGACUUCCUGUUACUAAACAUUUCUUCAUAAAUAAAAAAAUGUGCAUGUGUUCUGACGCAUCUCAAGUGUCAACCUUGUGUAUACUUUUAGGUAAUUAGCUCAAAAACAAUUUCAAUUAUUAACUGAAUUUUUAGGAGGUGUCCAUUAAAGUUCAUACAUUUGAGUGCUAUAUCAUUUAGCAAUUAUAAUAAACAAUGUCUACUUCGUACUAAGCAGUUGUUUAUGAUAAAAUUAAUAAUUAUAUUUAAAAACACAAUAUGUUACAUGGUUCUAAGUCUCCGUAACCAAAUGGAAAAUUGGAAUAUGCUCUGUGUGAGUCUGUGGAGUAUCUGUUUUCAUGCUUGUGCACACAUGCUCAUAAUAUGCUUUUCAGGCUCCUAUUGUGAUCUCUUGGUGGCUGAUUUUGUACUCCAAACCGUCUGACAUAUUUUGUUUAAAAAAAGAUGGUUGUUUAAUUUUGUAAUAUGAUUCGAAUUUUUUGUCGUAGUUGCUAAAUUUUAAUUAUAAAUCUCCACUGUAUGAACUUGAGUGUUUCUUGAACAUUUCAUUUAAAUAAUUGGAGUUUUCCUUGAACUAACGUACUAAAAGUUUGCCAAACAUGACACUUAAGUUGUGUCCACAAACCAUAUUUUUUUAUUUUUCUAAUUAUAUAUAGAAGUAGAAAAUUAAAAGAUAUAAAAAUAUUGAAAAAUCUAUUUAAUGACAAAGCACAUUUAAUCAUUACAGAACCAACAAUUGAUCAAUAUUUAAAAAAAUGUUUAAUUAUUGUUAAGUUUUUCUUUAAUAAUAAAAAAAACUUUAAAUAAAAGCUCUAAGCUUUAGUGUGAAUUGUUGGAGCUGUGAGUGACUAGUGAAAUGAGAAAUAAUACCAAAUUAUGCAUUUGCCACUACCAAGUAUAUGUUUGUUAAAUGUUGUAGGUCAGUGCUUUUAUUUAAAGUUUUGUAUUAAACCUAUUCUGUAUUA